UCUGAGUUUAACUUUAGACAACUGGGUCUGUACUUUUGUUUCUAUUAUUUAGCAGUGUGGAUUUUCUUCUUAUUACAUCCACCAUGGUUCAGUUCAGACUUCAGAACCAUGAAGGAGAAGAAAAGCGACUAGCUUAAUUAGCUAGCUAGCUAGCUAUAUAUCCAUCAGCUGGGUUCACUUCUGAUUUACUUCUCUUUAUACAUAUAUGUAUCAGUCUGUCUUGUUUCUUCUGCUCUUUCACACAAAACAACAGAAGUUUCAUUGUCUGUUUAUUGGUUGGUGCCAAGGCGGAAACUAUCUGGAUAAUUGUUUUUUUCUUUUUGCCUGCGGAUUUCAAAGGGUAUUAUUCCUCCCCUUUCCUCUUUCUUUGAUUCCAAAACCUUUUUUAAUAUAUGCGAAGAACAAGAUCUACUAUGGACCAUAAUACUGCAGCAAAAAUCUUAGGUUUCGGAGAAUUUCCAUGUUUGAGAAAAAGAUAGAUGUCGUGUUCGAUCCAUGUUCCACCUCCAUCAACAGAAUCAUCAUCAUCAGGCAGUGCAUCAGGAGAACAUGUCUAAUUUGACUGCCUCUGUAUCUGCUGAACCAAGUGUUUCAAAUAUUGGUACUACUUACAAUUAUCCUCCUCCACCAUCAACUUCGUCUCAAUCUCAGCCACUGAAGAAAAAGAGAAACCUCCCUGGCAACCCAGACCCAGAAGCUGAAGUGAUCGCCUUGUCUCCAAAGACUCUGCUAGCUACGAACAGGUUCAUAUGCGAGAUCUGCAACAAGGGGUUUCAGAGGGACCAGAAUCUGCAGCUUCAUAGAAGAGGGCACAAUCUGCCAUGGAAGCUGAAGCAGAGGACGACUAGCAAAGAGAUGAUGAGGAAGAAGGUGUACGUGUGUCCAGAACCAAGCUGCGUCCACCAUGAUCCUUCGAGAGCACUCGGAGACCUCACAGGGAUCAAGAAACACUUUUGCAGAAAGCACGGAGAGAAGAAAUGGAAAUGCGAGAAGUGCUCAAAGAGAUACGCGGUUCAAUCCGAUUGGAAGGCUCACUCCAAAACCUGUGGCACGAGAGAGUACAGAUGUGACUGUGGAACUCUCUUCUCUAGGAGGGACAGUUUCAUAACUCACAGAGCAUUCUGUGAUGCAUUAGCAGAAGAGAGUGCGCGAUCUGAAGCAAACCCACGAGUUCCUCUUCCCUCAUCACAGCAACACUUCAAAAACCAGAUCAGUCUCACUCCUCCUCCUCCUCUCAGGCAUGGAAUGAUUCAGGUCCCCUCUUGGCUUGGUGGCCCACCCACCACCUGUGCGAUAGAUCAGCACCGUCAACUUCAUCAUCUAGGCCAUGAAAGUCCAAACCCUAACCCUACUAGCCUCGGCCCCACUACCACCACCUCUAGUCUUCUUCCUUCUUACCAACUUCCAGCGCCUUCCUCGCACAUGUCAGCCACAGCCUUGCUUCAGAAAGCGGCUCAGAUGGGUUCGACCAUCAGCAAAACCGGCUCGCCCGUGCUCAUCAGGACCCACCACCACAACAUUACUAAUCACAUGUCUGCUACUUCCAGCACUGAUCACCACCCUGCUGGUUUAAACUUGUCGUCCUCAUCCUCCUCACCUGAAGGUCACGUGACCACCACAACACCGGCCAUGGCUUCUUGCCUUCAUCUCCUUUUUCUUUCUCUACUUCUGCUCAGUUUGGAGGUGCAAGUUCUUUCGAGGAGGGUUUGAUUAAUGGUGGGAUUUUGAAUCCCAUGAAAGAUGCGAAGAACUUGCAUGGCAAUGCUCUUUUCAGAUCAACCGGUGGCGUGACGGAGGCAGCUGCCGCCGCUGGUGGUAGUGCUGGUGGGAACGAGGGUUUGACGAGGGACUUCUUGGGUCUUAAACCUCUUUCCCAUGAUGAUAUUCUCAACUUUGCUGGGAUUGGAAACUGCAUGAUGAGCUCAUCUUCGGCUUCCCAUGAUCAACGAAUUCAUCAAUUCCAAUGGCAUUCCUAAUUAUCAUUAGCAUAUGAUUAUAAAUAUGUUUAUCAAUAUCUUCCUUUCUCUUUUCAUGUCAAUUAGAAUUUCGCCUUUUUUAUAAUCCCCAAAAGGGAAGGAUUAUAUUACAUAUUGUAAUUCCCUUUGCAGUCAUUUUUUAUCAACCCUUAGUUAUGUAGUUAUUUGACGAAAAAUUUUAAUUGACUCUUCAAUACAAAACCUGUGGAGAAGUUUUGAUAUA